AUGAUUUUGUUAACAUUCCAUACUAGAAGACGUUUGAAUAGCUUUUAUCCCGGGGCGUUGUGCUUGCAAUUCACGCUUUGGAUUUUAUGUGCCGUUUACGGAGAGGAGCAACCGUUCAGCGUGGAGGCCUGGCUUCAGCGGUAUGGCUACCUCCCCACCACAGACCCCAGAAUGUCGGUCCUGCGUUCGGCCCAGACCAUGCAGUCUGCUAUCGCUGCCAUGCAGCGUCGCUAUGGCCUUAAAGUCACAGGGUCUCUGGACCAGACCACCAUCGAUUGGAUGAAAAAGCCUCGGUGCGGUGUGCCAGACCAGCUUGGAGGAGCCUCCAAAUUCAGCGUGCGAAAAAGGCGGUACGCCCUCACGGGACAGAAAUGGCAACACAAACAUAUCACAUACAGCAUAAAAAAUGUCACGCCCAAGGUGGGCACGGAGGAGACCCAUGACGCCAUCCGACGAGCCUUCGAAGUGUGGCAGAACGUCACGCCGCUGCGUUUCGAGGCUGUUCCUUACAGCGAUCUGGAGAGGAACAAGAAGGAUGUAGACAUUACAAUCAUAUUUGCCUCGGGUUUCCAUGGAGACAGCUCCCCUUUCGACGGGGAGGGAGGUUUCCUGGCGCACGCCUACUUCCCCGGGCCAGGUAUCGGAGGAGACACACACUUUGAUUCGGAUGAGCCUUGGACCCUUGGGAACCCAAACCAUGACGGAAAUGACCUCUUCCUUGUGGCUGUGCAUGAGCUGGGUCAUGCUUUGGGUCUGGAACAUUCUAAUGACCCCACAGCUAUCAUGGCUCCUUUUUACCAAUACAUGGACACGGAGAACUUCAAACUGCCUCAGGAUGACCUGCAGGGCAUCCAGAAAAUCUACGGUCCUCCAGACAAAAUCCCUCAGCCAACGAAGCCUUUACCCACCGUGCCCCCUCCACGUUCACACCCGCCUUCAGACCCCCGCAAACACGACCGUCAGACGCGACCCCCACGGAUACCCACGGGGGACAAGCCUUCCUACCCAAACACCAAGCCCAAUAUCUGUGACGGAGGUUUCAACACGUUGGCCAUCCUGCGCAGAGAGAUGUUUGUCUUUAAGGAUAAUUGGUUUUGGAGAGUGAGGGACAACGCUGUCAUGCCUGGCUAUCCCAUGCUCAUUAAUGUUUUCUGGAGAGGCCUACCCCCUAAGAUCGACGCGGUUUAUGAAAACAGCGAGGGCAAGUUUGUGUUCUUCAAAGGGAAACAGUUCUGGGUGUUCAAGGACACCAUGUUGCAGCCUGGAUACCCACAGGACAUUUCCAUGUUUGGAAACGGCAUGCCAGCACAGAGCAUAGAGACCGCCGUCUGGUGGGAGGACGUGGCCAAGACCUACUUCUUCAAAGGGGACAGGUAUUGGAGGUAUAAUGAAGAUAUCCGUGCUAUGGAUCCUGGCUACCCAAAACCCAUCACUGUAUGGAAAGGCAUUCCAGACUCUCCUCAGGGAGCCUUCGUUGACAAAGCCAAUGGUUUCACAUAUUUCUACAAAGAUAAAGAGUAUUGGAAGUUUAACAACCUUCGGUUGCGGGUGGAGCCGGGCUACCCACGCUCCAUCCUGAAGGACUUUAUGGGCUGCGACAUCAUCCCGAUCGACCCCGACAGGCAGCCGAAUGAGGACGUGGACAUAGUCAUCAAGCUGGACAACGAGGCCAGCACCGUCAAAGCCAUCGCCAUUGUCAUCCCGUGCAUCCUGGCCCUGUGUCUGCUAGUGCUGAUUUAUACCGUCUUUCAGUUCAAGAGGAAGGGAACACCACGCCACAUACUGUACUGCAAGCGCUCCAUGCAGGAGUGGGUGUGA